AUGUCAAAGGGGGGGCGGUCUAAAAAGAAUAGUUAUCUAUUAUUUUACUGGGCUACUGAAUGUGGAGUUAAAAUUCUUAAAUUCACAUCGGAUGAAAUCAGUAAUAUUUUUCACAAGUUGAAUGUAGUAGAUAUAAAGGUCCAGUUGCAAACAAUUGUCUCUAUAGGAGUUUUUGAAAUAGAUCUAAGCAGUGAACAGAUUGAAAUUCUCCGUGGUUUUCUUUCGCACAAUAAUCAAGACAUUAUAUUAGCCACUUGUUUAAGUCUCAACAUAAUAGGUUAUUCUAAUCAAACAUGCGUUGAAAAAUUAAAUGAGUUGAUUACAAUGGAUCGAAACUUAUUCAAUGUGAAAUCAUCAAAUGAUAACAUGUCAUCUACAUCUUUGAAUUUAAUGAAAUGGGCGUCAGCAAUUUGUUUAUGUAAACUAGAUCAAUGCAAUCUAAACGUAUUGAAUAUUUUAACUAGUCUACUGUUUGAUCAAUUAAUUCAAUUUAUUCCUGAACAAUAUCCAAACAAAACUUUCUAUACACAAAUGCAAGAAUUCAAUGGUCUGUUGAACAAGUCAUUGGAUUUAGAAGAUAAAUGUAUGCACUUGUUUGUUUCGACACUUUCCGAUCUUAUAACAUUUGAUAUAAACAAAUCAAAUAUCUUUUUCAAUAGAAUGAUUUACUAUUCUGAAAUUAAAAUGAUUCUACGUCUUAGUAAGAAUCAUUUACAAGUUGAACAUUAUUUGACUGAUUUUUUGAAUUCAUCAGAGUGGAGAAUAAGAUUAUGUUCAUGUUGGCUUCUAUCUAUAUUAUUAUGUGAUUUAAGCAAGGAUACACUAGCACGCAUAAAUCGUCUUCUGUUAUUAGACUGGAAUACUAUGUUGCGGAUAGCUGCACUUCAUUCGCUUGAGAUAAAUUUGAAGGGGAUAGAUAGAUCUUUGUUAUGGUCUAAUCACUUAUUCAAUGAUCCAUUCUUGUCAAAUGAUAACAAUAAUACUUCAGUGGAAAAAAGAAUUCAUGCCUCGUCGAUCGCUUACACAUCAAACCAUUAUCGUCGUACUCAGCGAUUACAUCAAUCGACUGUGGAUGGUCUUUCACACAAUGAUUUAAUCAAACAACUUCAUUUUGCUUUAAUGGAUGAAUUUAAUUGUGUACGUGAAAUGGCAUGUAUUAUAGUUAAACAACAAAAUUUAACUACAGAACCAAUCAUUUUCAAUGAUUUACUUAAAAUUUUAGAGGAUGAUCCAAACAAUAAAGUUAAAAUAAUGUCUAUAAGAGCUUUAGAAACAAUAUCUGAUUCCAAUAAGGAUAAUAAGAAUUCAGAACAAGUUCAAAAUCACUUAUAUCAUAUUGUUCAAUCUGAAUUAAAUCCAUAUGUUCGUCGGAAAAUGUUUCGUCUUUUGUUAUGGUUCAUUCAAACUCGUUAUAUAACAUGUGACACUAGAGAACAUUUAAUUGACAAUCAAAUAGAUAUUUUAGCUAAAACCUCAAUCCUCAAUGAAUAUAAUGCAUUGAAACCAAAGACAAUAGAUUUUAACAAGUUAUUUGAUAUUGAAAAUGAAGUUAUAGAGCAUGUUCUAAAUAGUGACAAUGAUGGUAUUGAUAUAUAUAAACAUUAUUCUAACUUAAUACAUAAAAUAUUUGUGCCAAACUAUGAUAUAUUUACUGAUGAUAAAACAAAUCAUAUUAAAUCACAAAAAUUACAAUGUAAUCUAUAUCAUUUAUAUAAUUUCUUGAGAAAAUCUUCAGAACAUGACAGUUGUGAGAAGAUUCGAUGUGAAUUAUCUAAAAUAGUAAAACCAAUAUUCGAGAAGAUAUUGAACGAAGCAAAUACCAAUGCACCAGAAAAUUGUUUCUAUUCAUAUCAUAAUGAUUCAGAUUUACUGAAAUCAUUAAUGAAUGAAAAAUGUAACGAUUUGGUAAAAAUUUGUUAUGAUAUUAUACAAUAUGCUUAA